GGCAAACCGACAAUACUGGUGCUUCAUAUUUGCGCGCUUUUUUCGGUUCUGUAAUGCUGAAAAGCAAGGAUACUGCAUUAAUGCGAGCAUAAACAAUAGUGUGACAAAAGGGUUUUUAUGAACAAUGCCAAAUUUCUGUGCCGCUCCGAACUGUACCAGGAAAAGCACACAGUCUGAUCUGGCUUUCUUUCGGUUUCCAAGAGAUCCAGAGAGAUGUAGGCUGUGGGUGGAGAACUGUCGGCGUGCAGAUCUUGAGGAGAAAACUCCAGAACAGUUAAACAAGCACUACCGACUAUGUGCAAAACACUUCGAACCAGCCAUGAUAUGCAAAACUAGCCCUUACAGGACAGUACUAAGAGACACUGCGAUUCCUACGAUUUUUGAUUUAACCAGUCAUCUUGGCAAUCCUCACAGCAGACAUCGCAAACGCAUCAAAAUUCUGACAGAUGAAGAGGUUCAAAAGAUGAGGGAAAGACGAUUGGAUUCUUCACUUGACCAGUUGCUCUCAAGAAAAGAGUGCGAAUCUCAGGAUGGCAACGAGACAACUGAUGAAGUUCCUCAGCUGUCGACUGGACAAAAAGAAUGGAGAGAUUUCCUAAGGUCUUUAUUUGAAGUGGUGAUUUUAAUAGGAAGGCAGAAUUUUCCAUACAGCUGCAAUGCAAAAAUGGAGGAGGUAGAGGAACAGCCCGAUUCUGCAAGUAACUUCCAGGCACUGUUGGAAAGCCGUAUAAAUGCAGGUGAUGAAUUUCUCAGGAGGCGCUUUGAGACAACAUCCGUCGCUGAGGAAUAUUGGCCAGCAGUCCGGCAGAAGCAAAUGCUUGAGGUCUGCGAGAAGGGCAUCCGUGAAGAGAUUCUUCAACAAGUCCGGGAAUGCCGUUUCUAUUCGAUCAUCACCGGGGAGUUAUUAGAGUUCCCAGAUGGAGACCACCUUCCCAUAUUCCUGCGUUUUGUUGACCAAGCCAACACUGUUCGGGAGGAAUUCAUAGAGUUCCUUUCGUUGGAAGGUGAGGAGAUCUCUAUUGCUGAAAGAUUGGAGUCUCUGAUCACCAAGGAUUGGGGUUUGGGUUUGGAGCAUUGCAGAGGGCAGGCACACGCAGGCUCUGGUGUACUCGCCACCAAGAUGAAAGUCAUUGCAGCCCACCUAAAGGAGAAAUAUCCUAUGGCGGUGAUCACACCCAUUUCUACCUGCGCACUUAACGUUUAUCUUGCGAAUGGCAUGCCGCUGACAGGAGUGCAGGUCGUGAUGACAGUUCUCAAAAAGACUGAUGCGUUUUUUAAAGCCUGUCCGUCGCUGCAGACCGAGCUUGACAAGGCCAUCUCCAUUCUCUGCCAGGAAAACACAGAGAAAGAAAGCAAUCUCAAGGAGGGCUUGCGUUCCACCUGGACUGAUCUUCAUAACGUCUUUGAGAUGGUUGUUGACCUGAUGGAACCGCUUCUGCUCUGCAUGGACAGCAUACAUGACAAUGAAGAUCUCAAAUGGAACGACCAAAUCACCAGCGAGGCCUAUGCCAUUUCAGAGGCGCUAGCAGACUUUGAGUUUAUUGUGACAUUGGUUGUAUUAAAGAACGCUCUGUCGUUCACAAGAGCUUUUGGGAAAAACCUACAAGGAGAAACUCUCGAUGUCUUUUUCGCAGCCAACAGCCUGACAGCAGUAUUGCAUUCGUUGCACGAGGUAAUGGACAAUCUUGAAGUGUACCACGAGUUCUGGUUCGAAGAGGCUGUCAAUUUGGCUACCGCAAUGGAGGUCCCUGUGAAAGUGCCGAGGUUAUUCCUACGGAAGCAGCAGGCAGGAGGGGCCAUGGAAAUCCAGCCGGAGUCUUUCUUUAAAGAGUAUCUCACACUCCCCGUUAUGGAGUAUGUCGCUCAGGAGGUCAAGGACAUCUUCUCUGAAAAUCAUCUUAAGGCAUUAAAGUGCCUGUCUCUCGUCCCGGCAGUCAUGGGACAAAUGAAGUUCAACACCUCUGAGGAUCCCCAUGUGGACGUAUACAGGAGCGACCUGCCCCAUCCGGACACUUUGCCUGCCGAGCUGCAUUGUUGGAGGAUAAAAUGGAAACACAGAGGCAAGGAGGUCAGCCUGCCGUGCACCAUUCACGAAACUCUUCAGCACUCGGAUGUAAAGUUUUUCCCGAAUGUUAGUGCGUUUUUGAAAAUUUUGGCAACCUUGCCGGUGCUGAAGCUCGAUGGAAGUCAUGGUGAAACUGCCCAAAAACGUUUACAGGCUUACAUUAUAGACACAUCAUUACACCAAAGGUGUAAGAAUCUGGCUGUGCUAAACAUCAAUUAUCAUAUAAAAACAGAUUUGGAGGAAAUGGUUCAGUGUUACAUAAAAAGUUAUCCAGAGGACGGUGAAAGCGAUUAACAAAUCGGUAACCCCUAUAGACCCUAUAAGUAAAGAUUUCGAUUUUCUGUGGAGAUAAAAGUUCAGUUUGGCAUUCAUAUGCGUGUAAUUGUUUUGCAUUAUAUUUCUGUAUUGCUUUUCAUCGCAAUUGCAUUUUGUAUUUUGAUUUAUCUCAAUUUUUUUAUUUGAGAAAUAUAAUGUAUUUGUUAGGAUCUUUAUAAAAACCUCACCAUGAAAGACAGUACAUAAACAAGAUUGUUUUGUUUGUUGAACAUGGUUGUUUGAAACUGGCAGUCGGAUAUUAAAAAUGACACAGGGUUGUUGUUGUUGUGUGAACUUGAGUUUAAAUAUAGACCCAAAAGUGUAAAUAAAAGCUCUUUUGAUGGUCUCUUCUCUUCAUCAAAAUAUCAGAUAUACACUACUUAACAUUUAAAGUGGAUUGUCAUAAAAGGUGUCUUAAAACCAAUACCCGUUCUUGUCUUUUCGAUCCACUUUAAAUGUUGACUAGUAUAUAUAUUGUACCUGUGGCCAGACAAAAAUAUAAGGAAAUGUCAUGACACAGUGAAAUGGUUAUCCAUGGUCGCAUAAAACGGUACUUUAAGCCUUAUUGUGGUUCAUGUGACAGAAUCUAAAUACAACCCACAAGGCAUCCAGGUGUUUAUAUAAAUGGUGAAAUAUUAAACAAUUAUUUUGUUAAUGAAAGAUUGUGACUGAGUAAACAGAUGGUUGUGUCUGUCUAUCCUUCAAAUAACUAUCUUUCUUUAGGGACAAACAGCUUGGAAGGCCAUGCAUGAAUGAAAUUUAUUACAGUUUUAUGUCAUGUUUUUGUUGGAUACUUUAAUAUGUUCACAAAUACAUAUGACUUGCCACUGCAGUACACCAGAGUUUCUAUAGCAGAAUAAAGAUCUUUAAAAGUCUGAGAUCAGUUGUAUGAGAAGUUAAGACUGAUCUAUAGUAAGAAAAUAAUUUGGUGAUCAGUUUCUCUUUGUAUUUCCAGCCUGUUCCACUCUUGUCCUCAAGAGGGCAGCACGGGUGCGUGUUUCACUACAAUUUGACUUAAAUGUCUUAAUGUAUUUUAUUAUUUCUUUUAUCGUUGUUGGUCUAAUCAGUUUGACAUUUUGAGAGAACAAAAUUAAUUUUCACAUCUUGCAGGAUAAUGCAUGCUUGUCAGAAAUGAGUAAUAGUAAGAAGAUAAAGAUGUAAAUAUAAUACAACUAUUACACAGCACAGAAUGAUUUUCAAUCAUUUUUCAAUAACAAACAUUUACAAUUAAUGCAAAAAAAAAAAACAUAUAACUGUCUG